CCCUCUCUUCCCUCCCCUCCCCUCCCCUUCCACCCAUCAUCUCCGCCUCUCCCACCACCCAACUCCUCGCCGCACGCCGCCGCAGUAGGGUUUGCAAAGCCCCGAAGCAGCACGCGUACCGUACCCUCCUCCACUUCCACGCUCCGUCCACCCACGCCGGCCUCUCGCUGCCGCCGCACCGCGCCGCGAGAGUGCGAGAUCGGCAGCUACCAGAUUCGUACCCGGCCACACCCCCACCACCCCCACUCACCCCUGCGUCGGCGCCGCCUCUCCCCGCUCUCGCUCCCGCUCCACCAGCCCCAACGGAAAUCUCUCUCGGACCCCGCACGAUUCGCCGAGAGGAGGAUGGUUCGGUAGGGGCCGCAAUCGCUAGGGUUUUCGCCGCGCGCCAUGGACGCGGAGCCCGGACGGGAGGGUUCCGAUCGGGCGCCCGCCGACGCCUCCCCCGCCGCGCCGCCAGACGGUGACGAGGCGAUGGCGGGGACGAGCUCUGGCGUCGCUGCUGCUGCUGCUGCUGCGGAGGAGCCUGUCGCGGAUACUGUGGCUGGGGCGGCGGAGCGUGGGCGUGAUGCGGAGACGUCGGCGAGCGAGCCGGGGGUCGACGCUGACGAAGGCGGCGCUGGGGGCGAGCAGCGUCCUGCGGCGCCUCAGGCAGACGAGGUGGAUGAGGGUGGUGCCGUGGGCGAGGAGCAGCCUGAUGGUACUGCAGCGAACGGGGAUGGUACUGCAGCGAAUGGGGCAGUUGACGGCAGCAUUGCGGGGGAAGUGCGAGAUGUGGAUCCUGUGGUAUCUGAACAAGCGGGGAUGGACGUGGACGGGGGUGGCCCUGAAAGCAAGGACUACUCUGCAGCUUCUACGGUGAGGGAGGUGAAUGUGGGGAGUGUUCUUGGGGCACCGCAAGAUUUGGGUCUUGUUGUAUCUGAAAUGAAGAUGGAGGUGGAUGACAGCUCUGUUCUGGAAGGAGAGGGCAAUGUUCAGGAACAAGAGUGCGCUGCAGUGGCUGUGGCAAGCGAGGUUAAGACGGAGGAAGGCGAUGGCGGAGUGGUGAAUCAAGGGACUACGGCACCUGCUGGGGCAAUACAGGUGAAAGAGGAGGUAGGGGAAUGCUUGGUGGGCCGCUACAUUGGCCGGAGCGCUCCAGGGCACGCGAGGAUUCUUAUUGGGAAGGUUGCAUCCUAUGAUAGCACGGCUGGGGUCUACAGUGUGGUGUUUGAGGAUGGACAUACUGAGGUGUUGGGGCUUGCUCAGCUCCGGGAGUUUCUCAUGUCGGAUGAUAAUGGUGCGUUAGGCAUGAAGGUGAGCUGCAGGAAGAGGAAGCUAGACUUGCUGGUUUCGUCGGGGAGUGUCUUGGAGGUCAAAGAGCCAGCAAGUACUAGGCAGAGGGUUGAUGGAUGCGAGAUGCCUGCCAGGCCUGAUGAGCUGCAGCAUAGCGCGUCUGGCUCGGAUAUGUCUGAGGAUGUUGAAUCUUCGAGUAAUUCAUCGGAUUUCACUAGAGACGAAACAUCUGAUCCAUGCCCUCCUGUACAGGCUGUGGAGUUGCCUCCGUCAUCAGGAGACAUUCCUGUGCCAGAAGAGUCCAUAAGUUCUCUCUUCUCUGUUUAUAACUUCCUGCGGUCAUUCAGUGUGCAGCUGUUCCUGAGUCCAUUUGGGCUGGACGAUUUUGUUGCGGCCAUUAAUUGCAGCGUGCAGAAUAACUUGUUGGAUGCUGUGCAUGUCUCGCUACUGCGGGCACUGAGGCGGCAUCUUGAAUCUAUAUCUGCUGAAGGAUCUCGACAGGCUUCAGAUUGCCUGAAGUACCUGGAUUGGACAUUACUAGAUGCAUUGACAUGGCCGAAUUUCUUACUGGAGUACCUGUAUGUGAUGCGUUCCAUUAAAAAUCUAGGGGGGAAGAGUUUUGGUAGAAGCCUCCUAGUUGCCGAAUACUAUAAACUUCCUGUUGCCAUGAAGCUGAGGGUGCUGCAAAUACUCUGCGAUGAUGUGAAUGAAUCAGAAGAACUCAAAACUGAACUGGAAAAUCGAGUAGGCUACAAUGAGGAGAUGGAAUAUGAGAUAGAAUCCAGCAUCUUUCAGGAGGCUGUUUCAAGAGGAGUCUCAACUAGAGCUGCAAAGGCCUCAGCUUACAAAAAUACGAAUGAUUUCCAGAAUCUCGAAAAUGCUCCAAAUGUAACAAAUCCAGAAACUGCUGUAGCAGUACUGUCCCAGGAUGGCAAUAGUGAUGAUUGCCGAAUAUGUGGAAUGGAUGGAACUUUGGUAUGCUGUGAUGGCUGCCCAUGGGCAUAUCAUUCGAGAUGUAUUGGUCAAAACAAAGCUUUCCUUCCUCAGGGCGAUUGGUUCUGUCCAGAAUGUGUGGUUAACAAGCUUGGACCAACUUCUUCAAGAAUUGAGCGUGGUGCAAGAGGAGCUCAAAUGUUUGGCAUUGAUAUGUGUGGGAGACUAUUCUUAGGAACCUGCAACUAUUUGCUGGUGAUUGAAGCAGCUUUGGAUGCAGAGUCUUAUGCAAGAUAUUACAAUCAGUAUGAUGUUGCCAAGGUCUUCCAAAGACUUGCUAUUUCAGAUGCAUAUGUGGACAUAUGCAGGCAAAUAAAGGACUAUUGGAAGCAUUUACUAGGUAUAAAUCAUAGUGAGAGAUCAGCAACAGGUAAAGAAGUUGGUGUGAACCAUACUCCAAGGUCCAGUAUGUUGAAUUCUAUUCCAAUAAAAGCAGGAGAUGGAAGUGUCUGGACAGCUUUAAAAGAUGGCGGGGCCAGAGAAACAGCAGCGCUUCCUCAAACAAAUGUGCAGCAGAAAUUUGUGGCUAAUCAGAGCGCAGUUUGCUCAGCCGAAAGCCUGGAGGAACAAAAAUGCAAGUCAAGCUUUGGUGCUGUCACCGAGAAGAAUGCUGAAGUUUGCAAGCAAACUGUGUCAGCUCAGAAUAAUGUACAUAAUGCACACAGAAAUGGAGCUUUUGGACCACCAGUGGUAUCCUCAAUUUCUCAUCAGAAUGGAUCCAUUGUAAGAGGUGUGUCUAACAUAGCACAGGCGCAGCCAGCUCAGAGUAUAUUCCAUCCAGACUCAUCCACCGUUUCUGCGACGGCAGGAUUGUUUUGUCCAUCUUCUCAAGGUAAACACCACCUUCAGCUGUUUCCUGAAAGAUCUGGAAACAUGAGUGGUGGCAAGGCAGCAAAACUAUCUUCUUUUAAACCACAAGCUUACAUGAAUCUCUACAAUCAUGGCAACAUUGCAGCAUCUGCUGCUGCCAAUCUAGCUGUUAUUACAUCCGAUGAAGGUAAAGUUUCAGCAUCCCAACUGACUGCAAAAACAAGGAAGAAAAUGGCUGCAGACAAUGCUCUACAAUUGAAAGCAUUUUCUUCAGCAGCCACACAAUUUCUUUGGCCAAGUACUGAAAAGAAGCUUAUGGAAGUCCCAAGAGAUAGAUGUGGUUGGUGCAUUGCUUGUAGAAGUUCGGCAAGUGGAACAAAAAAGGCUUGUUUUCUUAACAUGGCCACCACAAAUGCUGCUAAAUGCUCUGCUCGAAUUCUUAGUGCCAUGCGCGUCAUAAAAAGUUCUGAUAGCCAUUUUCCUAGUAUUGUUGCUUAUUUAGCCAACAUGGAGGAGAGUUUGCGUGGCCUCUUGGUUGGUUCACUACAAGACAUGCAGCAGAAAAAAAGGUGGCAUCAACAACUACAAGAGGCUUCCAACUGCAGAACUGUAAUACCCCUCUUGCUUGAGUUGGAAAGCAACAUCCGUGGAGUAGCAUUUUGUGCAAGCUGGUUGAAGCCAAUAGACGAUUGGCCUGUGGAAUCUCCUGGUCCAUCAAUGGGAGCAUCUCGUCCUGCACAAUACCAAAAACGUGGGGUUGGUGGAAGGCGUGGCAGAAGACGUUCGUUGGCAUCUGAAUCUAGUACUGCUACUGAUGAGGACAACAGCUGGACUUGGUGGACCGGAGGAAAUAUUUCAAAACGUACUUUGCAGAGGGGGGCUCUUCUACAGUCAACCAUAAGGAAAGCUGCCCGCCAAGGUGGUAAACAAAGGAUAGCAGGUUUAUCUUACCAUGAAGGUUCCAACUUUCCAAGACGAUCUCGGCAGUUUAUCUGGAGAGGAUGUGUUGGAAUGAGCCAUACUUCAUCUCAACUUGCUUUGCAGGUUAGAUAUCUUGAUGCCCACAUCAGAUGGAAGGAAUUCAUCCCUCCAGAUCAAAUUCCUUCAGAUGGAAAAAGUUCUGAUGCAGACUUUUCUGCUCUCAGAAAUGCUGUAGUCUGUGAUAAAAAAAUAAUUGAUAACAAGAUAAGAUACGCACUUAAGUUUCGCAAUCAAAAGCAUCUUCCUGUGCGUGUGACAAAAAAUAUCUUGGAAUCAGAAGGUGAUCAGGAUGAAAAUAGCAAAUUGUGGUUUUCUGAAAACCAUGUGCCAUUGCACAUGUUGCGAGAGUUUGAGCUGCACACCUUCUUGCCUACUCCAGGAAUUUCGGACUCUAACUGUUUUACCAAUUUAUAUCCAAGGCGAGUAAAAUCAUCUGCGGGAGAUGUCUUUUCUUAUCUUUUUCACAAAGGAGAAGUCUAUCCCUGCACCUCAUGCAAGAAGGACGUUCUCUACAGGGAUAUUGUUAAAUGCAGCACUUGUCAAGGUAAUUGUCAUAAAGAGUGUACAUCAAAUUCUGUUGUUAACAAAGGAAGCAGUGCUACUUCCAGUUUGAUAUGCAAGUUAUGCCUCCAGAAGCGGAAUCUUAUGCUUACUAGUUACAAUACAAAUGCAAGUUAUAUCCGGCCUCAACAGAAGAGCAAUGGCCAACAACCAGUGACUGCUCCCAGAAUUGUGUUUAAGGUUAGUUCUUCUCAUUCCGGUGAAUCUGCCCCCAAAGUUGAAGCCCAGCUAGUCCCAAAGAUUAAAGCACAGCCAUUUGUGAAGGUGGGAGCCCAGCCAACUAUGAAUGUGAAAGCCCAGCCAGUUUUGAACGUGAAAACGCAGCCAUUUGCGAAGGUGGAAGCUCAGCCAAUUAUGAAUGAGAAGACCCAGCCAACUGCGAAGGUGGAAGCCCAGCCACUUGCAAAGGUGGCAACUCAGAAUAUCACUAGUGUCCAAGCUCUGCCAAAGACAAAAGCUAAAAAGUCAGAAAAAGAAAAGAAACCUAAAAAAGUUCAAGCGAUCACAUAUUUUGGUCUUGUAUGGAAGAAAAAUAAGAGCGACAAGGACGACGGAAGUAAGUUCAGGGCAGACGAUGUAAUCCUUAAAAGCAAGGAUAGUAUAGGUUCAUCAAUAAGACCAACAUGUUGUCUCUGUGACAAAGAUUAUUCUCCGGAUUUCUUGUAUGUACGCUGUGAGAAGUGCAGAAAUUGGUUUCAUGGUGAUGCCUUGCAACUUGAUGAAGAAAGGAUUUGUGAGUUGGUUGCAUACCGGUGCUGUAGGUGCCGAAGGAGAGCCAUACCGCAUUGUCCUCAUUCUGAUGGUAACACAAAGGCUGAACCAGAAUUAAGUGAACAAACAGUUGCUACAUCAUCGCAGUCAACUAUGCUAUCUAGUGAGGAGACUUUUGCUUUAGCAGAUCAGGACCCACUGCUUGCUUCUUAUGGGAUAGUGGAACCAAUUGGGGAUGAUAGAAUGGACAUUGAUUUGUCAAUGAACAUGGCAAGCUUUGGCCCUGGAAGUAACCAGAAGUUGUCUGUAAGAAGAGCACAGGCAAAAAGUACUGGUAGACCUGUGAAUGAGUAUUAUAUCCAGAAUCAACCUCCAGGGAAUGGAAACAUCAAUUUCAGCCAUACGAAUGAAAUUUCUUUUUCGGAGGCUGACAGCGUUGAUGCUUCAGAACUAUUGGGGUGGGAUUUUUCCCAAGGAGUUGCAUAUGCUGCACCUCCUGAUUUCACUGCUAAUCACCAGUCGAAUGACACUAGCUGUGGCGGUAUGGACGAAUAUGAGCCCCAGACUUAUUUCUCGUUCACCGAGCUACUUGAAGCUGAUGAUACACAGCUUGACAAUGCCUUUGGGAUGUCUGCUGGUCUGCAAGGUGAUAGCAAUGGCACAGGAAGCUUUGUUCAACAAGGAGUUGGUUUUGAUGAAUUGUCUUUCAUGGUAGAAGAUGGAGCUUCAAAUAUGAACUUCCCAACAAAUGACCCCACCCCUGAUGAGGUAGCAUGCAACAAGUGCAUGAAUACUCAGCCACCACCUGAUCUCAAAUGUGCUGUCUGUGACCUGCACAUACACAGGCAUUGCUCACCGUGGGACGAAGGUGAAGAGCCUGUUGACAGCAGCAACUGGAGUUGUGGUGGUUGCCGGGAGUGGCGAUGAUUAACUUUUGAUCUUGAUUGCAUCUGUUAACAGUGGCAACUGCCAGCUGUUAUCAUAAGGUGGAAGGUACAUCGUGAAGUGUGACGUGGAUCUGUAUGAAAAAUUUCCACCAAGCUGUUAUGCAGUGCUACUGUUUGUUCAGAUGCUGUGGGGUUGGUUAUUUGACCAAAGUUUAACCAUCAUACAGUUAGAGUAGCAAUGACUGCUGCGAGUUUUACACUGUACAUACUAAAGGAUGGGUCAACAAAGACCUUUUGUCAUUCUUUAGGCUGCUUAUCUUUUGGGCCAGUUUUAGUCUUUUAGAGCUAGGAGUAUGCUGUUAUCAUUUAUCAACAUGGUGUAUGGUUCUGGAAACCAUAUAUUCAUGCAACUGUAUUACCUUGGAUUCUCGUGCCGUCUUUCAGAUAGAAAUGUCUCUUGGUCAGAGGCCAUUCUACCACGCAUAUGCACCUUUGUUCGAUAUAUUGCCUCCAGCUUUUAAAUCAUUCUCUCAAUA